AUGUCUGUGAAACAGGAAUUUUCCCCAGGCGCAUGUUUGGCUACAACAGCCGCGUAUUCGACCUCCCAGUUCACGUUUAAAGAUCUUCGUGAUUUGAAUGACCCACUGCUAUCGUACUUGCUGCCACUCUCUGUGAUAUCGCUUAUAGAUCUAAAUGCGUUUUUUGCCCAGGUGGAGCAGUUGCGGUUGGGUUUGCCUGUGGAAACACCUGUAGUUUGUGUUCAGUGGCUGACUUUGAUCGCCGUCUCAUACGCUGCUCGUAAGUUUGGCAUUGGCAGAUUGGAUACCCUCCAGUCCGCUAAACAAAAGUGUCCCAAUCUUGUGUGUGCCCAUGCUGCAGUUUUCAAAAAGGGGGAAUCGCACUGGGCAUAUACUAAGGGCUUGCCCAACCAGGCAACGCACAAGGUGUCCUUGGAUCCUUAUCGUCGUGAGAGUAGGAAGAUUGUCAAGAUCUUCCAGCAACAUUGUGAUUUGGUAGAAAAGGCUAGUGUGGACGAGUCGUACUUGGAUUUGGGAAGACUAGUUUACAAAAAACUUCUUAGCCUAUUCCCCCUACUUGCUGAAGGUCAAGAUUCAGAUUAUAUGCCUUCGUUGCCCGACACUUUACCUGAAGAACUUCAAUUUCGUGGGGUCGUAAUAAAGUCUACCGAAGAAGAAAACCUCAUUCAAAAUAACACAAUCAUGAGUUUGUCGCAACAAUUUCCCGAGGGACCACCUACAAUAGGUGACUGGGAUGAUGUAUGUAUGCUAAUUGGAUCUAUGAUUGUCUUGGAUAUCCGUAAGGCACUUUACGACGAAAUGGGAUACACCACAUCCGCAGGAAUAGCCAGUAACAAACAAGUUGCCAAACUUGCUGGUGGAUUCAAGAAACCAGACAACCAAUGUGUGAUCAGAAAUCGACUGACCUACAGUUUCUUAAACAACUUUGAGUUGAAUGACGUUACCAGCAUGGGUGGCAAGACAGGAGAUUUCGUGCUACAGAAAUUGAGAGUACCGCCUGACAAGGGGAUUUCGUACAUCAGAGAAAACUUUACUUUAGAGGCUAUUGAAGAAGAGUUUAAUGAUGAUAUACCUUUGGCAAAGAAGAUAUACGAGAUUGUGAGAGGGAACCAUCGCCGUGAACUAGUGAAUAGGAUGGAUGUAAAAUCAAUGAUGUCCCGCAAGAACUUCUUGGCGAAGCACCCAGUGGAGACAUUGAGUGAUGCUGAUUCGUGGAUUAAAGUGUUCGCAGGGGAUUUGUACAAUAGAAUGAUCGAACUUGACGAGGAGAAUUUACGUUUGUCAAUGCUGCAGGUUUCAAACAAAGAAAAGGGUGUCAUUAAAAGACCCAAAACAUUGUCGAUUAACUUAGGUACAUCGAGUGGAAUCCGACGCUCUAAGCAAGCCCAGUUGAUGCAAUAUAGUUCUUUGGAUAGGCUAUGGGAGCAUUUUGAGCAAAUUGGAUAUAGAAUUCUAAGAGAUCUUCUUGAAACGAUAACAGAAACAGCAAAACUCAAUGGCGGAAGAACGUUGAAGGAAUUGGAAGCGCAAAGUCUUGAUCCCAGGAAAAUAAAGGUUGCGUCCAUUAGCCAUCUUUCAUUAACCAUUUCCAAUUUCAUAAAGGCUAAUGAUUCUAGUCUUAUAGACUCCUAUACUGGAAAUACCGAAACCGACAAGGAAUCCGCACAAGCGAAAUUGAAGCAGAUGUUUGAUGAAGUGAAUAAAUCAGCAUUGGAAAAGCAGGAAAAGGAACCUUCCCCUGCUCCGCAGCCACGAAUAAUAUCGAGCGAAGACAAAUCCUACAUCAAGAAAUUAUUUGACGACUUUCAAAUGUCCAAUCAUAUCGAGGAAGCUUCCAAGAGCCCUAAACGUUCAGAAAACAAGGCACAAGGCUCUUCCAUGAAAACGUCUUCCGAAAAGCACGAUUCAAAAUAUAUCAAAAAAUUAUUUGAAGAUUACCAAACACAAGCUUCCUUGGACCUCACGCUCAAGAGCAAUUCCGGAAUCCAGCAUGCUAAGGAGGAAAAUACUAAAAGGAAGUUGGAUAUUUUCCAAUCUCUUCAAAAACGCCAAAAACCUCAAAGCAAAAGCACGGAUGACUUCCUCAACACUUUAUUGCAGACCAUGUAUUGCCCUCAAUGCAAGGAGGAAAUCGACAAUGCUGUCGAACAUAAUGAUUUCCAUGUAGCGAUGGAGAUUUCCAAUAGAAUUAAUGGGCACUAG